AUGGCUCGCGAAAAGAAUGCCGACCCUGGAGGGAUCCAGCCCGGCCAUGCUGCCCUAAGCCUGCCGGCAUACUGCCUCCCAUUCGACGACGUCCUGCGAGAACUCGGGACCAAUGUCGACGAGGGCUUGACCAAGGACGAGGCAGCCCGCCGUCUCCAGCAGUACGGCCCCAACCAGCUGGAUGAAGGCGAGGGUGUCUCCGUGGUCAAGAUCCUCGUGCGCCAGGUGGCCAACGCAAUGAUGCUAGUGCUGAUUCUGGCCAUGGCGGUCAGUUUCGGGAUUCAGUCGUGGAUUGAGGGUGGUGUGAUUGCUGCGGUUAUUGCCUUGAAUAUUGUCGUCGGCUUUUUCCAGGAAUAUGCUGCUGAGAAGACCAUGGAGUCGCUGCAUUCGUUGAGUUCGCCUACUGGGACUGUUUCGAGAGACGGGGAGACCUUUUCGGUUCCGUCGGCGGAUAUUGUACCCGGUGAUAUGGUUGAGUUGAGGACUGGUGAUACCGUCCCUGCGGAUAUCCGAUUGGUCGAAGCUGUCAACUUUGAGACCGACGAAGCCCUUCUCACUGGUGAAUCUCUACCCGUGCAAAAGGAAUGCGACUCUACGUUCAAGGAAGAGACCGGCCCUGGAGACCGGCUGAACCUCGCUUACAGUUCGAGCACUGUCACUCGUGGCCGUGCCCGUGGUGUGGUGGUCAACACCGGCAUGGCUACAGAGAUAGGUUCUAUCGCAGCCGCCCUACGCGCUACCAACAGUAAACGCCGUCCGGUCAAGCGUGGCCCUGAGGGCGAGACCAAGAAACGCUGGUACCUCCAGGCAUGGACGUUGACUGGAACCGACGCAGUUGGCCGCUUCCUCGGAGUCAAUGUGGGCACUCCGUUGCAGCGGAAGCUGUCGAAACUUGCCAUUCUGCUGUUUGGUGUUGCGGUUCUCUUUGCCAUCAUUGUCAUGGCCGCGAACCUUUUCUCGGACGAUAAUGAGGUUAUCUUGUACGCUGUUGGGACCGGUCUGAGUAUGAUUCCUGCUUGCUUGGUGGUUGUUCUCACGAUCACCAUGGCCGUCGGGACCAAGCGCAUGGUUGAACGAAACGUGAUUGUUCGCAAGUUGGACUCGCUGGAGGCGCUCGGAGCGGUGACGAAUAUUUGCUCUGAUAAGACCGGUACCUUGACUCAGGGUAAGAUGGUGGUGAAGAAGGCCUGGAUACCUUCGCGAGGAACCUACUCAGUGGGCAGCUCGAACGAGCCUUUCAACCCAACUGUUGGCGAUGUCACUUUUACCCCGCUGUCACCCAUGGACUUUGACGACGAGAAAGAGGGCCCCGCGGCUGAGAAUGUCGAAGGUUUGGUGGAGGGCAACCAUGCACUUGAAGACUUCCUCGACGUUGCAUCCAUGGCGAACCUGUCUCACGUGUUCAAAUCCGAGGAAGGAGACUGGCGGGCACGAGGCGAGCCAACGGAGAUUGCUAUCGAAGUGUUUGCCUCUCGUUUCAACUGGAACCGAGACCGGUGGACCAAGGGCUCGAAGGCUGUGUGGCACCAAAAGGCAGAGUUUCCGUUCGAUUCAACCGUGAAGAGGAUGUCUGUCAUAUUCAGCAAAGUGACUCAAGAGGGAGAGCACAGCAUGGUCUUUACUAAGGGUGCGGUUGAGAGAAUCGUUGACGCCUGCAGCACUGUUAUCUGGGACGAAGCGUCAACUCCUGUUACCUUGACUGACGAGAUGCGCAACAAGAUCUUCCAGAACAUGGAGGAGCUUGCCAAGUUGGGCUUACGUGUGCUGGCACUGGCACAUCGGCCGUACAACGAGCAAAGCCGAGUUCUUGAAGGAUCUGAUAUCAACCGUGACGAAGUUGAAAAGAACCUCUGCUUCCUCGGCCUCAUCGGAUUAUAUGAUCCGCCGCGCCCUGAAACCGCGGGUUCAAUUGCCGCUUGCUAUAGAGCAGGCAUCACGGUGCACAUGGUGACCGGCGACCAUCCAGGGACCGCCAAAGCGAUUGCCCAACAGGUCGGCAUCCUCCCGGCAGACAUGUCAGUGCUGGGAGCAGAUGUAGCAGAAGCCAUGGUCAUGACGGCCGCCCAGUUCGACCGACUGUCUGAGGAGGAAAUUGAUGACCUCCCGACCCUCCCCUUGGUAAUUGCUCGCUGUGCCCCGCAGACAAAAGUGCGCAUGAUCAACGCCCUCCACCGACGCGGUCGAUUCGCAGCUAUGACCGGCGAUGGAGUCAAUGACUCCCCCUCCCUUAAACACGCAGACGUCGGCAUCGCCAUGGGCCAAGCCGGGUCGGAUGUUGCGAAGGACGCGUCAGACAUCAUUCUCACCGACGACAACUUCGCAUCAAUCCUCAACGCCGUCGAAGAAGGCCGACGCAUCUUCGACAACAUCCAAAAGUUCGUGCUGCAUUUGCUGUCGGAGAACAUCGCACAAGCAUGCACGCUGCUCAUCGGCCUGGCCUUCAAAGACCUCGACGGCAAAUCCGUGUUCCCGCUCGCGCCUGUCGAAAUCCUCUGGAUCAUCAUGAUCACGUCCGGCAUGCCGGACAUGGGUCUCGGCAUGGAAGUCGCAGCACCAGAUAUCAUGGACCGACCACCACAAGCCAAACAGGGCAUCUUCACCUGGGAAAUCAUCGUCGACAUCGUCGUCUAUGGCCUCUGGACCGCAGCGCUCUGCCUCUCUGCAUUCUCCCUGCGCAUGUGGGGCUUCGGCGACGGAAAUCUCGCGUCAGGCUGUAACAGGGAGUACUCAGAAGCCUGCGAUCUAGUCUUCCGCGCGCGCGCAACAACAUUCGUGUGUCUCACGUGGUUCGCGCUCUUCCUGGCGUGGGAGAUGGUGAAUCUCCGCCUGUCGUUCUUCCGCAUGCAGCCGGACUCCAAGAAAUACUUCACGCAGUGGAUGUACGACGUCUGGCGCAACAAGUUCCUCUUCUGGUCUAUCAUGGCCGGCUGGAUCACUACCUUUCCGAUCCUGUAUAUCCCCGUGCUGAACACAGUCGUGUUCAAGCACACCGGUAUCAGCUGGGAAUGGGGCAUUGUGUUUGUUGAAGCCGUGCUGUUUUUCAUGGGCGUUGAGGCGUGGAAGUGGGCGAAGAGAGUGUUUUAUAGACGGCGGGCGGCUAGGAAAAAUCAAGAUCAGGAUGUCAGGCCGUUGGAGGAGAUGCGGAAUGGCAGUGAGACUGCCUAA